GGUAGUUUAGGGACGUUGUAAUAUCUGUUGUUGUGUUCUGUUAAUAUUGUUAUAGUAUUUAUUUAUUGUCAUCGUUAUUUUUCUGCACUGGUCGUCGUUGCAGUUGCAGGCUUUUGCACCUUCCUCUCUCUCGGGACAAGAGAGCAGAAUAAUGGAGGAGCUCCAAACCCCAAGCUAUAAUGGCCAAACCGAAAACCCAGACACUCUCCUCUUCGAAGACAUUGACAGCACCUGCUCCACUCCCUACGUCAGCGCCCCUUCCAGUCCCGGCCGGGGACCCAUCUCCGCCGCCGGAGGAGGGUUCUUCUACAGUGCUCCGGCUAGCCCAAUGCACUUCACCAUAACCGCCGCUUCCACUUACACACACUCAGCCUCUUCUUCCUCGGAAAAAAACUCUGGUUGCGAUUUUGAGUUCUCGGCCCGGUUCGUUUCUUGCGGGUUUACUGGUUCCGGUUCGAUGAGCUCGGCGGACGAGCUGUUCUUGAACGGUCAGAUCCGGCCCAUGAAGCUCUCGACCCACUUGGAGCGGCCGCAGGUCUUAGCUCCCUUGCUGGAUCUCGAAGAAGAGGGCGAAGAAAACGAGGAAGUUGAAGCCGGUGUACGGGGUAGAGAUCUGAGGCUGCGCGACAAAUCACUCCGCAGAAGGACCAGAUCCCUGUCACCUCUUCGGAACACGCCGUUAGAGUGGACGGAGAACGAGGAAAAAACGGAAAAGAAGGAAAACGUGGACCCUUCCGUUUCGAGCGGAAGUGGAAGGAGUUCCAAGAGGUGGGUUUUCUUGAGGGAUUUCUUAAGAAGCAAAAGCGAGGGAAGGAGUAAUAACAAGUUCUGGUCCACUAUUUCCUUUUCCCCCGCCGCAAAGGACAAGAAGCCCCAAAAUCAGGGAAAUGGGCCGCAGAAGCCCAAGAAGGUCGCCGGAAAGCCCACUAACGGCGUCGGGAAGAAGCGAGUGCCGGCGGCGUCGCCGCACGAGUUGCAUUAUAAAGCCAACAGAGCGCAAGCGGAGGAGUUGAGAAGGAAAACUUUUUUGCCUUAUAGGCAGGGCUUGCUUGGGUGCUUGGGAUUUAGUUCCAAAGGUUAUGGUGCCAUGAGUGGCUUUGCUAGAGCCUUAAACCCCGUCUCUUCCAGGUAAAAAAAAAAAAUGUAUAGAUAUCAUUGUUGGUGUUAUUUAUGUUUCUUCUAUCGUUUUUGGAAGCUUUACGAUUAUCACUUCAUAUUGUAUCUUCCAUUCCACGCGGUGCAUGAAACGUGAGGUUUCUUUUUUCUUCCUUUAUGAUCCUUGCGUAGAUGCUCAUAAACAGUGUACAAUUUUUUAAGGGUACUCGCAGCAUGUUAUUUUUCUAUUUGCGCUUGCUGUGCAGUUACUCCACUCGAGUUUAUAUGUAUUCACACUAGCUAGCCAUUUCUAGUUUUGGA